UUAAACCCCAUACGCGAGAAAGUUUCUUGGUUUCGGGUCAUUAUUAGGGUGGUGUUGGUAUUUUUUUUGUUUUUUUUUGCCGAACAUGUCUAGCAGAAGGUCGAGGCAGUCGAGUGCAGGUGUUUCGAGGAUUUCCGAUGAUCAGAUCAUUGAACUGGUCUCAAAGUUACGCCAGCUCCUACCGGAGAUUCGCGAUAGGCGUUCCGAUAAGGUAUCGGCGUCCAAGGUUUUACAAGAGACUUGCAAUUACAUCAGAAGCUUGCAUAGGGAGGUGGACGACCUAAGUGAGCGGCUCUCGCAGUUGUUGGCCACCAUUGACGCAGACAGUGCCGAGGCUGCAAUAAUCAGGAGUUUAAUUAUGUAACAUAUAAACCAAUCUUAUUAU